UCCAGUUUCCUCUUUAACAAACGGGGAGUUUUUCUGGCCGGAGUCAUAUGAUGCGACUGUAGGAAAGGAGGAACACGCCUGUCAGAAAGAGGACGCGCUCUCCUUUCCCACCACAGACACAAUAGAAAGUGUCAAACUCCACAAAGAGGAACACGUUUCUCUGCCAGAGGAAAGUUAGCCGAGGACGGCGACGUCAACGUCGGAACAGAAACUCUGGGACUCUGACAUCUUCCACAGUCUUGACAGCCAGUUAGCUGUACUGUAGCUAGUGUAAUAUGAUGUAACAUAGCUAAUGUUUAGAAAUGUGCUCUAAUAACAUGGGUGGCACUUUGAUCCGUUUCUUCUUCUCACGCAGCAAUGCUGCAGCAGAGUGGCCGCCGGCUCGAAGCCCUUUCGACGGUUCUGACAGACUGUAACUUUACAGAUUGACCUAAAUGCACGUGAAGUCGUCAUCUGGAAACGAGUAUUUCAAAGACCAUGGUUAACAAAGAGGAACUUGAACAAAGGUUGAAGAAACUCCUGGUUAGGCUGAAAACCCCGCAAGAGGACAGACAACUGUGCACACUGAUUCAAAUAAUCCAGGAUCUGCUUUUCCUGGCGCACACCGACGAUGCAGCUGAACUGUUUGAAGACAAAGAUGUCCAUGCCCCCCUCAUGCUGGUGUUGUCAUCCUACAUGAGCAGCCAAAGAGUCCAGCAGGUGGGUUGGUCACUGCUGUGUCGGCUGAUUGAAAUAUGCCCCAGUACACUGGACCAGUUGACCAGACCUCUGCAGGUAGCCAAGGACUGGGAGUUACUGGGAGUGCACCAGCAGAUCCUGAAUGUACUAUCUCAGUACAGAACAGAGUGCAGUGUGACCAUGGUUGGACUCAGAGCCCUGGCUCUUCUGCUUAGAUCAGACAUGACUCCUUUGCUGGUGCUGGAGGAGGAGGAGGAUGUGUUUGGCCUGGUGGUGCACGCGAUGAAGAGGUUUCCUACCAGUGAAGAGGUGCAGCUCCAAGGCUGUGGAGCGCUGCAGUUCCUCCUGGAAAGGGUAAGUGAUGACCACCUCGUGGAGUUUAUAGAGAACCAGGAUCAUGUUGUGGUUCUGGCGGCUCUACAGAGAUUCCCUGACAGCCCUGAGCUGCUUCUACAGGCCAUGAAGGUGCUGCUUCCUCUGGCUCGUCCUGGCAGUAACGUGGAGAUGCUGAUGUCAGGAAGUGCUCGGUGCUACAGUGUGAUCAUCUCCGCCAUGGACGCCUUCCCCGAGGUGGAGGAGUUGCAGGAGACGGCCUGCUGCUUGUUCAGGAGGUUUACUUCAGAGAGCUACUACAACAUCCUGGUACUGAACGGAGUCCAGAGGGUCGCAGUGAGAGCCUGUCGGACUUUCCCCAACAACGCCACGCUGCAAGCCGCUGCUCUUUCCUGCCUGGCUGACCUCACUGCAACCAUCGUGAAGAACAAAGCGGUGGCUGAGCAGGGUCUGGAGGAAGGAGAGGAGGAGGAGAACCGGGGUAGGGAGGAGGUAGAGGACAUGGGCCUGGGCUGGAUGGAGGCAUGCUGUAUGGCACUGGAGCUCCACGCUGCUGAGCCAGCUGUACAGGAAGCAGCAAGCUGGGCCAUUCACAAUCUGUUACUGCAUGGAGCUGGAGAGAAUCAUUCAGAAGAGGAAAAGAAUGAGAGGACUCCUGUUCACAGACAGUUAAUGGCGGCCAUGCUGCUCCACUCCUCCUCUCCCAGUGUGUUUGAAGCUGCUACUAGUGCCAUUGCCACACUCAUCGCACAAAAAAAUAAAAUGCGAUCUCUGCUACUGUCCAGUGGCCUCCACGUCAACCUAGUGGAGAUGAUGAAGAGACAUUCAGCCUCAGCUGAAGUUUCCAUCUGCGCCUGCAAGCUGCUCAACCUGCUUUUCCAAGGAAGGACAGCCAGUCUAGAUGAGUUGAAUAUGGCCAUGAGUCAGAUCCUCAACGCCAUGAAGGUCCACAACUUCCAGCAAGAGGUUCAGCUGGAGGCUCUGCAGGCCAGCCUGGUCUUCCUCUGCCCAGACAGGAGUUUAAGGGAGCACGGGGUCUCGGUUGGAGAUCCUGACAUAGCCGAUGUGUCGCUGAAGGUCCUGAAAAACCAGUGUGUGGUGGAAGGAGCUCACACCCUCUACCUGGAGGUUCUUAACAGGUUCAUCAGCAGCUCGAUCAUACAAGAGUGCGGUCUGAAGGUACUCUCGGCUCUGGCUGACUGCUCCGGAGCAGUGGACUUGCUGUGCCAACAGGGGGCGAUCGACACCGUGCUGCAUACACUACAGAUGUUCCCACAGGAACGAGAGAUACACUACUGGGGUCUUACCCUGCUCAACUACCUCGUAUCCAGGAAGAAGCUGUCGAGGAUGAUCGUACCUGUUCUGGCCUCCGUUGUGGUCGCCUCUCUUAUCCAGUACAAAGAAGAUUCUGAGAUGCUCCUGAAGUGUUUUCAGGUGGCUUUGAGGAUGAUGGACGCUUGUUCCGCGGCAGCUGCUGAACUGCAGAGGGAAGACUUUGACAGGCAGAUCUUCCAACACCUCAGAGACGAGAGUCCUGACCAGAGCAACAACCCGCUCCGAAAGUCAGUGUGUCUCGCUCUUUCUAAGAUGUGGUGCGACUCAAAGCUGCACUACAGCAUGCUGGAAAAGGCCUGUGAGGACGGAGACACAACAUUAGCUGAGUGUCUGAUCGAGCUGGGCGCAGACAUCAACAGGAAAACCAAAACAGAAUCUCUCAUCUACCAGGUGUGUGAGAGAGGCGGUCCUCUCGAACUGGUGGAGCUCCUGAUCAGCCGAGGUGCCCACGAGCAGCACGUCCGCAGGGCUCUGGCUGUGAGCGUGAAGCAGGGCGACGGACCCACAGUCAUUCUCCUGCUGGGCCGUCUGGGUCUGGACAUAAACAACAGCGCCCUCUGCCUUGGGGGCUUCAGGCUGGGCCGUCUGGACGCUGCCUGGCUCAGCCCCCUACUGGCUGAAAGAGGCAGAACAUACAGUUUACGUCACAAUAACAGUAAAGGUAUGAGUUUGGCGAGGUACAUUCGCUCUUUCCAGAAGUCCAAGAGUAGCAGUGGUCCUUCUAGAUCUCUGGCCGACCCCUGUCUGACCUCUGGCUACAUUUCUGAAGAGAGCGACGACUCCAUCUUCAGUUUUGUCUCAGCGGACGACAACCUAUUUUUCAAUGACGACAUGGAGAGUGAUGGUAAAGAUGUUGGGAGUGAUUCACUGUCAGGGGUUCUGUCUCCAAAGCUGCAUAAUAAUUCAACAGAAGAGUUAAGGAGGGGUCCUUCAAAAAGAAGCAGGGGCGUCACAGACAUGCCAGUGCAGAGAGUGGUCAAACUGAGAAUGAACACAGUGAGCAUGUACACAGGAGAUAUGGAAUGACGGGCUCGAGCCAAAAAGGUAUCAGAUUCAAUUUAGUUAAAUUUU